AUGGCAAUAGCUGAAGGAAGAAACAACACUUCAGUUACCAGGUUCAUCCUCUUGGGAUUCUCUGACUUUCCAAAGCUCACAGCGGUUCUCUUCUCAAUAUUCCUGGUGAUCUACCUCAUGACAAUCUCCUGGAAUCUGGGUCUUAUCACUCUGAUCAAGAUGGACUCCCACUUGCACACACCCAUGUAUUUCUUCCUCAGCAAACUUGCCUUCUUAGACAUAUGUUAUGUUUCCUCCACAGCCCCUAAGAUGCUUUCAGACUUCUUCAAAGAACAUAAAUACAUCUCCUUUCUUGGCUGCACUAUGCAAUACUUCUUCUUCUCUGGUUUUGCACUGUCCGAGUGCUGUCUUCUGGCGGCCAUGGCUUAUGACCGUUUUGCUGCCAUUUGUAAUCCUCUCCUUUACACAACUGUCAUGUCCCCAGCCCUCUGUCUGCAGAUGAUGGUAGGGUCUUGCAUCACUGGCUUCUUUGGCUCAUUUAUUCAGCUGUGUGGUAUACUUCAGCUCCGUUUCUGUGGUCCAAACGUCAUCAACCAUUUCUUCUGUGACAUGCCCCAACUGCUGAUCCUAUCCUGCUCUGAUACCUUUUUCUUACAAAUUAUAACUUCUGUGCUCACAGUGAUCUUCGGACUAGCCUCUGUCCUGGUUAUUAUAACAUCCUAUGGUUAUAUUGUUGCUGCCAUUCUGAAGAUCACGUCAGCGGAAGGCAGGUCCAAGGCUUUCAACACCUGUGCUUCUCACCUGACAACAGUGACUCUUUUCUUUGGUUCAGGCACUUUUGUCUACCUAUGCCCCAGCUCUAAUGAUUCUGUUAGCCAAAACAAGCUGGCUUCUCUUGUAUACACCGUGGGGAUUCCCAUGUUAAAUCCAUUGAUCUAUAGUCUGAGGAACAAGGAAAUCAAGGAUGCUUUAAACAGAUGGAAGAAAAUAAUGUUCUCCUGA